UCACGCUUCCGACGGCUUCGACGACGGCGGCAAGCAUCCGCGAGCGCGGCAGCCGCGUCGCGGAAUCCGUCAAUUCCGCGUCGCCCCCGUCUGCCUCCGACCUACCCACCCCGCAACCGGUGGAAGGGGGGCGCCAUGAAGAAGUCGUUCUGCUUCCGCGGCUCCGCUGCGAAGAGGGCAGGGCGGACGCCGAUGGCGGACUGGUGCGUCUUCUGCGACAUCGCCCGCCGCGCCCCCGCUUCCACCACCGCCCUCCUCUACUCCGAUGACAAGGUCGUCGCGUUCCAGGACAUCAAUCCGUCGGCCUUCAGGCACUAUCUUGUCAUACCCAUCGAGCAUAUACCAACUGUAAAAAAUCUCCAAAGAACCAACGAAGAUCACCAGUUAGUUAGUCACAUGGUAAAGGUGGGAAAAGAUUUACUCAGUCAAGAUGCUCCCGAAUCCGAGGAACAUAGAUUUGGUUUUCAUCAGCCACCAUUUAAUAGUAUUGAUCACCUCCAUCUUCACUGCCUGGCACUGCCAUUUAUACCCAGUUGGAGGCAAGUAAAAUAUACGCCAUUGGGUCCCCUAGGGGGCUUUAUUGAUGUUGAGAAGCUAUUGGAAAAAAUAAAACCAGAAACAGAAGUUUACAGUCAAUAAAAGCAUUUAGACUGGUACUGGCUAUUCUUGCUUAUUAACAUUCUUCUACUUUUUAGUUGCACUAUCAUUUGUAUGUGGUCUGUAUCCCUAUUACUAUUCUGGGAUCACUGUAAAUUCCAAAGACUUUGUCUGAAAUGCUAUACUUAAUUGACAUGAACAUCCAUGGAAGUUCAACUCCAA